AAUAUGUCCUAGUAUUUUAGAAAAUUGAUUUGGUACAGCUUUGCAACAAAUAUAUGGUAGGUCCUUCAUAAAAAACUCAUUUUGGGCACUCGAAAAAUGAUUAAAAAUAGCUAGAAAGAUUAGAAAUGCAUAGAAAUUGGUUCUUAUCCACAAAAUGUGGUCUAACUCUAGUGAAAAUUUGUGUGGUGCCAUUUUGCAAAAUAUUUUUGAUAUCUACUUAACAAAAUCCCUCUAUUUUUAGUACUUAGAUACUUUUUUAAAUCACUGGUUUUCUGAACCAAUCAGGACUCUUCCCACGGAUCGAUGACAUGGCGCCCAUCCAUCCAUCCAUCUCACAAUCCCACAUCCAUCCAUCCAUCUAUCUACAGAAAAAUAAAAAAAUGAAAAAGAGAUACCCCCACCACAGCCCAAACCCUAGCUCACAUCACACCCACCGCCAUCUUCCCCCAUCGCACCCCUCCUCCCGAUCUCCUCGCCGCCACCGCCACCUUGUACCUCCCGAUCCAAUCUCUCCCCGCCGCCUCCCGAUCCUUCCGCCGCCGCCCCGUCCUCCCCUUCCUUCCGCCCUCCACCUCUCCCCUCGCCUCCGCCACCCGACGGCCAUGGCGCGCCUCUUCCUCAUCCCAGAUCAAAUCCAGUGCCCCCCAACCGCAUCCAUCCGUCAGAGGCGUUGGAGGCGCACAGUGCGGUUCUAAUGGGCGGCGACCCGACGGCGCCCGGCGCAUCACGCGCCGAACCAUCUGUGCGGUUCUACUGGGCGGCGACCCGAAGGCGUCCAGCGCGCUGCUCACCCGUCGGCCUCCAACGCCGACCAGGCGGCCGCUGAGGCCGCUUACACCGCCUCUGCGCGCUGCGCCUCUACUCGUCGCUCAAGUGGACGGUGGCGCAGGUGCUCAAGUCUUGCCGUGCCUACUCCAGCGGCGUCACCGCCGCCAUCCUCCUCUCCGACCUCUUCCAGGAUAACCUUCACCCCGACUGUGCAGCACUGCAGUAUGGCUACGGUGAUUGGCCUGUGCCUCAGGCUUAAGUUGAUGCAAAACCCGCAAGACUACACCACUUGUCGUCGACCUGCCCCAUAGCAGGCAGACCCUCAACAUCAUUGUCAUCAUGCCCGGGACGCCAGGCUGGAUACAGGCAUGUGGACACAGCCACGACCACAGCUCUCCGGCAACCAAGACAGCGACAGCAUCGACGGGAUCCUCGGACGACCUGCGUCCUUCCCCGACCAUGCCCGCGACCUGCAUCCAGCUGCUCCUGCCCCGGCCCUCCUCAACUUCGCUCAUGGUGAGCUGCUGUAGGAAUAGGUGGUGCCAGCGGUGCUGGAUGCGGCAUGAGUGGUUUAGAUCAAGAUCUAAUGUCGUCAAGGUUGCUGCUGCUCUAACAGAAGAUCAGAAGAAGCCUGGAGAUGUGCACCAUAGUUUUAGUUGAUGGUGCCUGUGUAUUUUUUUAGUGUAUAUGUACAGUUGUUGGAUCGUGCACACAUGUAUGUGCUGUUGUGAGUUUGUGGAUUUGAUCAUUUAAUUGAGAGAAUUAUUGAUUGUUUGCAUUUGAAAUGUGUAAAAUGAAAUAUGUGAAUGAAAAAGAUGAAUGUUCUACUGGAUCGAAUAGUAUUUGGGCUCUAAAAAGGCUAUGGCCCAAACAAUUGUGGACUGGAAUAAUUUGCAUUUAUGAAAAACUAUAAAAAAGGCUUAAUGAAAUGGACUGCGAAAUGGAAUGAAAUAAGAAGGCCGAAUUGUUGGGCCAGGCCCAUGUAGCUAGCAAAAAUUAAUAGGAAAAAUAAACAUUAAAAAGGCCGAAUUGUUGGGCUAGGCCCAUGUAGAAAACCGAAUCGGACCGGGCUGAUUCUUGUGCCACAUCAGCUUGCCACGCUGGAUGCCUAAAUGGUUUGGGGAGGUUGCUAGUGACCAAAAAUUUGGUCGUGGAACCAACGACCUUUUACAUAUCCCAAAGAAGGUUGUUAAUUUCAGUUUAAGACUGCCAGCUUUUGACCUUCUGUUUUUGGUCAAAAAAAGGUCGCAAAUGAAAAACUAUGACCUUUCAGCGGC